GACCUCACUAUCGCUCGGUCAAUACGGCAAGGCCUCAGUUUGAGAUUUUCCCGUAACGACCUCACUCUCGGUCAUUAAGUAGUUAAUCUUCAGUUAAGCAUAGAACACAGCACUUUAUCAAACAUAUUCAGUUGAUGAAAAACUUGUCUUUAUAUAAUACUGCAGAAAUUAUGUUGAGCACAUCGUGCUGAUAGCUAGUCACAGUCAACUUUAAAAAGUACUUAUUGUCAGCAACUAAUUGGAACGCAGUCCCUGAAUUUUGGAGAAACAGCAGGAUACUAUGGCGUGAUUAGCAAUGGGGCUUCACAGACAUCACUUUCCCAGAUAAAAGAAAGAAAAUAGUUGAGGCUUGCACGUACUCACCACUUGUGAGUCUUGCUGUAGCUCAGUAGUUAGAACGUCCCACUGGUAUCUGAGAGGUCACUGGUUCAAGUCCUGUACGAGAGUCAGGUUUUUUCCCUUGUCUUGUGCUCUCAAUAUGUUGUACAUAUGUGUGUAAUUUGGUUGCUUACUAAAAAGGGUUCAGUGGAAACGUCUAUUUGUAUUUUUAUAGCACAUAAGCUCAUACAGUUUGUGCUUAGUUAGCUUGUGUCUCCUUAGCUAAAUAUGUCCUAGAGCUUGGUGCAGGUCAGCUAUUGCCAGUAUUGCUGUCAAGCAUGCUGCUUCCGGUGGAUUUAAUUCGUUUUCGUAUUCCUGCAGUUUCUAGGGUGGAAGUUAAUCCUUCACAGAGAAAGGAACAGACUUUUUAGUGUUUUUUGCUGGUUUGCUUUUCUUGUACGUUCUCAAAUUUCAACCUCUUUAUAGGAUACCUAUAUAUCUCAAUUUAGGAUAAACUGACAGGGUUAGUGUCAAAAUGUUUUGUCUUAAUUUAUAGAGCAAGAGGGGAACACAGAUGACAUUCAAGAACUGCGAAAUAAAAUCAUGGAGGUGUUGAGACAGGACCCAUAUAUGGGGCAGAAGAUACCAGUCAGAUGGUUUCUGUUUGAAAAGGCGAUUGAAGCUUUGGUAGCUAAACAAAUCUAUCACAUAAGUCUGAAGCAACUCCAAAGCUAUGCCAAAAAGCAUUGCUUUAUAGAAGAUGCUGAUGAGUUUGCUAGUAUGAUCAGUUUCUACCAUGGCCUUGGUAUGAUUAUCAAGCAUCGCAGUACAGUUGUUCUGAAGACUCAGUGGCUCAUUGACCUAUUACAGCAGUUGAUAACUAUUCCAACCUUCAUGAAAAUGGAUCCUAUUUCCUGCAAGCACUGGCUUGAGCUAGAAAAAAAUGGCAUCCUCUGCAUGGAACUCAUUGAUCAUGUCUUUUCCAAGUUUGUUCAACAAGGUAUUAUCAAAGAUGACAUCUUAGACAUGAUGGAGCAGUUUGAUCUUAUUGCCAAGUUCUCACCCUCUCCGACUGACGUAAAGUACUUUGUACCUGCUCUGCUUAAAUCAUCGCCUAAAGAGUUUUGUCAAAUAGAGCCAUCCCACAGUGAUCCAUGUCCUUUUUAUAUUCAUUUUGUACAUGGCUUUGUCCCUCAUGGUCUGUUCUCACAGCUUGUUUCACGAUCUAUUCGUUGGUGUUGUAAGAAUUGGUCGAUGGAGCACCCCAAGCUAUACCAAAAUGGAGCUCAGUUUUUAAUUGGGAAGCAACUCCAUAAUUUCAUUCUUAUCUGCAAGAAGAGUCUCAUCAAGAUUGUCUUAAGGCAAUCGAUGAAAAGUAAUCCGUUUUCAGCAGAGAAGUCAGAAGAAGUAGCUACACAAGUACGUGAGUUUAUAGAAAGAACUUUGCAGGCCUUGUCACAGGAGCUGCCAUACCUGAGUGGACUGCAUUAUGAGUUUUGUGUAGCCUGCCCACACUGUAAUCAAGGGACAGACGGGGUUGGUCAAGGGUGCCCUAACCAUGGAAAAUUGUCAUGUGAAGAUGGAGAGUGCUUCCACCUCCUUAAAAUGAAAGAGGAUCAACCCUUGAUCUGUACAAGGAAGGCCUGUGGCAAACAACACACUGUCCGUGGACUGGAGAAAUGGUUCUUUAAGAGAACAAGCCAGCGCAUAGAUGACGUUCAAAGCUGUGUCUCAAGCGACAAUACUCCUCCAGCUGAGCUACCUGUCGGGCAGGCGAUCCCUGAAUCAGGAAAUGACGAGCAGGGCGUUGGACCUUCUCCCCUUGAUAAGGAAGAGGAGCAGAACUUCAGUCAAAGGAUGCAGGACGAAGAAGAACGGCAGCCAUCCUACCAGCUAAAUGAUGAUAGUCAGGGUGAUGCAUCGAGCUACCUCAUAGCAAUUGGUGGACAAGAAAGUGAAAUAUCUUGCUCCAUCCCAGAAGUGGAAGAUGUUGCUGUUGCCGGCCAUUGGUUGAGUGCGCAUGAGCGGCAGCCAGUCGACCAGCAGCAGGCUAAUGAUGAUCAGGGUGAUGGAAUGAGCCACUCAAUGGCCCUUGGUGGACAAGCCCGUGAAAUAUCUGGUCCCAUCCCAGAAAUGGAGGAGAUUGCAGGAUUGAAUACGCGGGAACGGCAGCCAGUUUACCAGCAGAGCGAUGUAGGAAGAAGCAAUGAUUUGAACCAUUCCUUGCGGAAUGGUGGAGAGGUUGUGUCCAGGGAAGAAUCCCUCUCCAUUCAGGAACCGGGUACACGUCAGUUGGUGAAUGGACAACAUCAGCAGUCCCGCAGUGACCUGCAGAGUGCACAGGCUAAUGCACUGAACUACCCCACUCAGGAGAUGGGCCUGGACGGAUUGCAGAGGCGAGAUAGACAAGAAGUACGUCACCCUAUUCAGGAGACCAGACCUUCUGGAGAGCGGACGCCAGAAGAACAUGAAGACCUGCCUCCAUGUCACCACCAGCUCAUUGGUGCCGACAUAAAUGGAGUGAGUUCCACAGGUCAGACGGAACAGGCUGCGGAACGUGAGUGUAGUCCCCAGGAAUUGCAAUUGUGGAAGCAAGAAUGUGACAGGGUCAACCCACAAAAGGUCACAAGAAGCAAGAUAAAUCCGAGGGAAACUUUUUUUAUUUUGGAAAUAACAGAAGUUCAACAGCGUCGCCAAGGUGACGUAAAUGGCGAGCCAAUGGCUUUCUUCAGUUCAGCCAUUCAUACUGAUAGCUAUGAAUACAAGGUUGGAAUAAGAGUUUACCUCAAUGGAGUGGAAAAUGAAAGUGGCAGAUACGUGGCCAUGUUUGUCCACAUGAUGAUGGGAAAAUUUGAUAACAUCGAAGCUAGAUGGCCAUUUACUCAAAGAAUCACCCUCUCCAUCUUGGAUCAGAGUGGCGCCAAACGCCACAUCAGCCAAAGCAUGCAAGCAAAGCCAAACCUGUCAGCGUUUCAGAAGCCGACUGAAGCCAUUUCUUGUACAGGAUGCGGUUUUGUAAAGUUUGCUUUAAUUGAAGAGGUUUUCAGCCCUCAUGAUCAGUAUGUGAAGGACGACAAAUUAUUCCUUAAAAUUGAAUUUUCCAGCUAACUGAUUUGUUUGAUAGUU